CAACAUUUAUUGCACCAUCUAACUGAAAAAUCAGACGUCAAAUUUACAGACCUGUAGCAAUUCCCGGAAAUACAUGUAACGAGCAGCGAAAUCACAGCGAACAUGCAGAUACAAAAUUUAGGGUACCUGCAGUGUUGGUAAUAAUAAUAGAUGAGUUAAACACAGUUGUGAAAGGGUUGCAGUGUUGGUCACACGUACUAUUUGUUGCCGAAGAAGAAUUAGAAAAUGGCGAAUUCUCUAGAAAACUUAGAGACUCAGCUGGAACUAUUCAUUGAAAAUGUAAGACAGAUCAGGAUAAUUGUAGGUGAUUUUCAACCUCAGGGUCAAAAUGUAUUAAACCAAAAGAUACAGUCACUUGUUCAUGGGCUUCAAGAGAUAGAUAAAUUAAAAUCUCUUCCACAGGAAGUACAUAUACCUCUGGAAGUAUUCGACUAUAUUGAUCAAGGCCGAAAUCCUCAGUUAUACACAAAAGACUGCAUUGAGAAGGCACUGACCAAGAAUGAACAGGUGAGGGGAAAGAUUGAAGCUUACAAGAAGUUCAAAACACUCCUAGCUACGCAAUUGAACAAUGUUUUUCCAAAUGAACUUACAAAGUACCGAGCUAUAAGGGGAGAUGAACGUACAGUUACUUAAAUGCUGCUGCAGGCUUCUGAACUUUGGAUGUUAUGUUAUGUGACAUUACAUAAGCAUUUUUUUAAUAACUGCUAUUGUUUUAAUGUCAGUUGUAGGCUGACUCUUGUGUUUUGGUGCAUGAUGUAUAUGGUUCAUGUAACGUGUCAUAUAGUUUUUCAGAUUUGCCUGUGUUGUGUGUUGUAAUUGUAGCUUUGUCAAUUUUUGUGAGGUUGACACACAUGGCUUGUGUGCUUUUUAUUGAACAACAUAUUAGUGAUAGCCAAACAUGUUAUAUAAUUAAAAUAAAGGAAAAAGUAAUUAUGUAUACAUCACCUAACUGGUUUGUCUGGACUGUAUCAUAAAUUAAGCUAAUAAAAGUUCCCCUAAAGGUGAA